AUGAAUGAGCUUACUUCGAGUGCCCGGGGCACUUUAUCGGUGUGUGAUCUGUGUCACUCACGCAAGGUCCGUUGCGAUAGAAAAGAUCCUUGUGGAAACUGCCAGGAUGCAGAAAUCCCCUGUAAUCGCCAGCGAGCGACAAAGCGUAGAUGCACAGGCAAACGCCGUCAGGAGAUCUCGAGUCCUGCUCCCUCUCGGCUUGCUGGGCCAGCGAUUCCAAAUUCCGAAUUCGAUGAGCUAGUGAAUACGCCAAAUGAGAUGGUGCCGUUUGUACCGGUUUCUCGGGCGAGGUCAUAUCAAGCAAAUGAGCUGAUUGCCUCCAAAGCCCACAUUCUAUAUGAUCCGGUUUAUGAUGCGCAGUCAACUAUUCAGCGCCAAUUGCGACAACUACCGGGGCUCACUCUGGAUAGACGCGGUGUGCUUGAAACCGCGUUGUCGGUCAUGAACUUAUUGUCCGACAACUCACGCUUCAUAGUGCAAGAUAGCCAGGGCGGCAAUCAAGGCGCCGGAUCGCCUCGAAUUCCGCCUACUGAAUUUCUUGUAUGGAUGUUAAAAGAUAUCCCGACCGACAGGUUUGGGACAUUCGUUGCCGACUUCUUCAGACACAUCUCAACGAGCACUUUGAAGCACAUGGGAUUCUCACUUCUUGGUCACAAGGCUUCGCAAAACGAGUCAAUCAUAUAUACAGUGUGUGUCAAUGCCGUGGCCUACAAGUUCCUCACGACCACGAUCAACCUUGAAGACGACCAAGAUAUCGCUAUUGAGCUCAGAAAGAAUGCGAUGGAGUAUCGAACAGCUGCUCAGACGGCAUUGAAGCAGAUACCUCUCCUGGUUCCACCCUCGCUUGGACUACUGCAGGCAAUUCUAAGUGGAGUAUUCCUCCACCAAGGAUCCGGCGAUGUCGGACUGAGCGGCGACCUCACCAAGGCUGCCUGUAAAACCUGCACGGAUCUCGAUCUUCCAGGUAAAGUGUUGCGUGGACACGCGACCGAAGAGGAGUUUUUCUGCUUCCUCUGGUGCUACAACCUGGACCGAACCCAUGCUUAUAAAGUACGAACUUCGCGAUGUUUGCUCGACGUUCAUCUCCCACCCACGUUCGCCGAUUUAUACCCCCAUUUCCCGCCCAUCGCCGAGUUUCUCUUGAUCUAUCUGGAUCUGGCUCGUGUUCAAGACACGGUGGUGUCCUAUCUUCCGGACUCAUCAGCUCACCAUGCUUCAUCUCUAUAUGACACUGGAGAAUACAUGCUCUUACAAAUGCAAAGCAUUGAACAGCGUUUGAACCAGCUCGAUACCCUCUCGUCGGAAUGGAAAGGACUCCAUCGCCAGACCGAAAUGUCAGCCCUUAGAUUCGCGUAUCAAUCCGUGAUGACUGGGAUUCUCUACCAACUCCAAACCGACUCGGACCAACCACCUCGCUCGACAGACGGGUAUCUCCAAUCAGCACGCCAGGAGCUCUCUGCCUUGGUCUCCAUGUGUCACACAGCAGAGAAGCAAACGGCCGUCAGCUUCUUAAACUGGACAAUCCUACUAUACCCCGCCACAGCAUACCUGGUCCUCUUCUGCAAUGUCGUCGCGACAUCCGAUAUCGGCGAUUUCAAUCUCAUGAAAUCCAUUGCAGACUGUCUGACCCAGACAGGAAUCAGUUACCCUCUUGUCCAAUUGCGCACAUUAUUCCAGAACUUCCUGGGUCUGUCACAGGGGUUCUUCGGCGACGAGCGGAACAUGCAAUUACUGGCGGACCCCGCGGACACCGCAUACCCGGUGAACCCCUUAUUUAUGUCUUGGGAUAACACCGACUUUGCCUUCACGGGUGAGGAAAGCUUUGCUAGCAUGCUGGACAUGUCGGAGACUGAGCUCUUGUUGCCAUAUGAUUUACUUUGA